UUGCUUGAUGUCACAGGAAUAGGCCACUACAAAGCAGAAGUUUUACUAUAUGGUGCCCCUUAUACCCAAAUGAAUUAUCUAAGAAUAGUGCCACACAAAUUUAAUUUGAUGUACUUGGUUUUCCUUAGAUAUAUUUCUUAAUAAAUAAAUUAUUAUUUAUUUAAAAAUGUUUGUCUUGUAUUUUAAAUUCAGGGUUGCCUUUUGUUAAAUCCUAAAAUGCCAGUAUGGGAUUCUCCUUUCCUCUUGCCAAAAAAAAUACCACUGCUGAAAUAGGAGAGAUCACCAUGUGAAAAGUUAAGAAAAAUACGAUAGGAAUUCUUUGACUGUAAUUCUAUCACGUGUAUUUCGAAAAAGGCACCGAUAGGGCGGGGGCGAGGAGAGAGAAAGGCGGAACGUCUUUGCCUUUCAAAAGAGUGGAGCGGCACUGCAGUACCGAUCGUUAAAUGUGGCUCGGGUGUCUUGAGGAAGACGGAGGUGGGAAAAGGGGCCUUCCCCGAAUCUGAAUUGAAGACCAGAAGCCGAGAGGGGCAUCUAAUUGGCCACAGCAAGCCAUGACCCCACCGCUCCAGGCAAGGCUUGAAUGACUGCAGUGCUCCCCGUCGCUUCUCUCUGCAGGAGCUACCGAUCGCUGGCUGGGGUGAGCAAGCUUGCUUUUCCUCGCCUCCUGUCCUUCCUGCAAUGAAUGAUGCAGGAGAAAAAAGAGGCGGCGGUGGAAGAAGAGGAAGAGGAGGAGGAAGGAGAGGAGGAGGCGGCGGCUGCCAUCGCCGCGGCUGUUCCUCUGAAGCACAAAUCCUCUGCAACUCUUCCAGUAGGAGGAAAAGCAGCUUUGCCGCUGUGAGCUUACAUCACAAUCCCAGCUCUGUCUGCUGCCGCUUUUCUGAGCAGCAAGCAGACGAGGAGCAUCUCAGCGAGCCCGGCCAGCGGCGACAUCAUCAGCGGCAGCAGCCGGAGGCGAAGCGGAGGAAGAUGCGGGCGGGCGGAGCCGGCGAGGGCCAGGCGCCCCCUAGGAUUGCCCCGCCGCAGCCGUCCCCUCACCCCGGCCGGUCUCCGCUCUCCACCUUCCUGCCUUCGCCCCAGCGCUCCGCUGAGACGCUACGUUGGGACGAGGUGCCCGACGACUUCGUGGAAUGUUUCAUCCUCUCGGGCUACCGGCGGCUGCACUGCUCGGCGCAGGAAUGCCUGGCCUCGGUGCUGCAGCCCACCAACGAGACGCUCAACUUCUGGACUCAUUUCAUCCCUUUGCUGCUUUUCGUCGGUAAAUUCUGCCGUCUGCUGGUGUUGCGCGAGGCCGGCGACCUGCCUUUCCAUCACCCGGCGCUGCUGCCGCUGUGGUGCUACGCCUCGGGCGUGCUGCUCACCUUUGCCAUGAGCUGCACGGCCCAUGUGUUUAGCUGCCUCUCGCUACGCCUGCGUGCCGCCUUCUUCUACCUGGACUACGCUUCCAUCAGCUACUACGGCUUCGCCAGCACGGUGGCCUAUUACUACUACCUGCUGCCCAAGCUGAGCUUGCUGGAGCCGCGCAUGCUCAGUCGCUACCUGCAGCAGCGCCUCGGCUGGCACGUGGACUGCAGCGCGCCCAUCGCUGCCUACAGCGCGCUGGUGCUCCCGGUCGCCUUCGCUCUGGCCGUGGCCUGUACCGUGGCCUGCUGCAAGAGCCGUUCCGAGUGGUGCGCCUACCCCUUCGUCAUCCGCACCUUCGUCUUCGUCAUGCCGCUCAGCAUGGCCUGCCCCAUCAUGCUGGAGAGCCUCUUCUUCGACCUGCAGGACCACAACCCCACCCUCUUCCUGUACUUCUACCGCCGUUACUUCUGGCUGCUGGUGGCUGCUUUCUUCAACGUCAGUAAGAUCCCCGAGCGGAUCCACCCGGGCCUCUUCGACAUCAUCGGCCACAGCCACCAGCUUUUCCACAUUUUCACCUUCCUUAGCAUCUACGACCAGAUGUUUUACGUAGAGGAAGGCUUGCGGCACUUUCUUCAAAACCCUCCGGCCUCCUCGCCUACGUUUGCGGGCACCAUCGGCUACAUGUUGGGCUUGAUACUGUGCCUUGCUCUGGUCAUCCGGAGAUUUUUAAAUGGCCAGGAGGUUUGCAAACAGGAAUGAGGUAACUGCCCUUCAGGGUUUUGUUGUUUUUUUGUUGUUACUUAAAUUAUCUGUGGCUGCUGCAUUUGCUACAAGAAUCCGCGAGGUCGGCUCUUCCUAGGGAAAGAAAGGCCAAGCGCUACGGGCGUGCCUGAUCGAACUCCUUUGAAAAACGGCUGUUUCUCUUGAAACAAAACAGGUUUUAAAAAAGAACACUUAGGCCACCGUUCUAUAGGCAACCUUCUAUUUAUUGCUGCUUAAUAUACAAAGAAAAGCCAUUCUAGAA